AUAGCCUCUGUUUACUUAAAUGACAGGUUACGCUCUCUGGUCACACUUGACUGCACAAAAAUGGAGCGCUCCCCUAGAUUCAGAAUACCCAGAAAGGUGAGCCAGACUAUGGCCCGUUUUUCAUGGAAGACCCCCAUGAACCUCAGUCCAUUUCAUUAUGUUUCACAAUUUUUCCUUAUAAAAGUCACUCAAUCUGUAAACACCCAGCAGCUAAACAGUUCUGCCCUAUGUUUUCCUCAAUUCUUUUCUUCUCUGGCAGAGUAGCAUGGUAUUUCUUCGCUCCCAACAAAGAGGUACCAGAGUGAGAGGGGAAGGUUAACAUCUGAUCCCUCUAAACUCUGCCAUUUAAGCAGCCAGGAGGGCCCCAGAGCAGGGGUUAGCCCCGCCCCCUUCUCCACGGGCACCGCCCCUGGCCAGCCCCAUAAUUGAGCUAUGACGCAAAGGUCACGUGAGCAGCCGCGGUCCCGUGAUGCGUUCGAGCAGUACGUGGCAGAUUCACUCAGACAAGUCCUCCGUGCCCGGUUUCUGCCACCUACUGCAUCUAGACUUUCUUUUUUCCCGUUAAAGGCCUCUCACCUCCCCGUUUUCACCUCGGGGAUGGUGAUCUACCAGGGUCCCUCUCCAACCCGAACUAUCCUAGGCCCCUGAGCCUGCCCCCGCCGUCUAGUAAGAGGAGGGGAAUCCAUUAGCGCCGAGGAGAGUUGCGUCUCUGAUUGGGUGUGAGAUCCUGUCAAUCCUCUAAGCUUUUCCAAUCAAAACUCGCUUCCGCCUAGCUUCCCGCUCUUCCAUUGGCCUGAGUGCGGGUAAGGCUGAGGAAAGGGGUAAACGGAGCUAUCGCGGGAACAGCGCUCUGCCCUCAGUGCGCAGGUGCGAAGACUUUUGGCUUGGGGGCCCGGGCAGGAGGCCGGGCUUGAAGACGCGUCGUUUGGUUUGGCCUCGGUGACUGCGCUCUCCGUCUUCAACCGCUGGGCGGAAGGCGUUUGUUAGGGGCCCGGCCAAGAAAGAGGCCCUCGAGGUUCCCGAUGGUGUCCAUGACUUUCAAGCGGAGCCGCAGCGACCGGUUCUACAGCACCCGGUGCUGCGGCUGUUGCCAUGUCCGCACCGGGACGAUCAUCCUGGGGACCUGGUACAUGGUGGUCAACCUGUUGAUGGCAAUUCUGCUGACUGUGGAGGUAACACACCCAAACUCAAUGCCAGCUGUCAACAUUCAGUAUGAAGUCAUUGGCAAUUACUAUUCGUCUGAGCGAAUGGCUGAUAAUGCCUGUGUUCUUUUUGCUGUGUCUGUUCUUAUGUUUAUAAUCAGUUCAAUGCUGGUAUACGGAGCAAUUUCUUAUCAAGUGGGUUGGCUGAUUCCGUUCUUCUGUUACCGGCUUUUUGACUUUGUUCUCAGCUGCCUGGUUGCUAUCAGUUCUCUGACUUAUUUGCCAAGAAUCAAAGAAUAUCUGGAUCAGUUACCUGAUUUUCCCUAUAAAGAUGACCUCCUGGCAUUGGACUCCAGCUGCCUCCUGUUCAUUGUUCUUGUGUUCUUUGCCUUGUUCAUCAUUUUUAAGGCUUAUCUGAUUAACUGUGUUUGGAACUGUUAUAAAUACAUCAACAACAGAAACAUGCCAGAGAUUGCUGUGUACCCGGCCUUUGAGGCACCUCCACAGUAUGUUUUGCCAACCUAUGAAAUGGCAGUGAAGAUGCCUGAGAAAGAACCACCACCUCCAUACAUACCUGCCUGAAGAAAUUCUGCCUUUGUCAAUAAACCCUAUACCAGCUUUUUGUCUUGUUCAUUUUACAGAAUGCUGCAACACAGGGCUCAUCAUACUUGUUUGAUACAAAGUACAUUUUCCUUUGUUUAAGCAUUUAUUUUCAAACACUAACAAGCUUUUUGGAUAUGUAUUAAAAGUCAGAUUUUGUUGUUGUUAAGUAUGUUACAUUUUAGUAGUUUUUUAAGACAAUCUAGGUUAAGCAAGAGCAAAGUGCCAUUGUUUGCCUUUGGUUGGGGGUGGGUGGGAAGGGGGCAUUCUCUACACAUAUUCUUUUUUAACUUUGCACUUUCUUUAUAUAAUAGUUUGCAUUUUGGUUAUUCGCUGCCCUGGAUACUUUCAGGAAGAAUGAGUUAAAUAUUCAGGGUGAAUAAGUUCAGUUUAAGAUCUGAAGUUUUCAGCUAUGAAAAUAGGAAAAAUAUAUAACCUUUUAACUUGACUGUGGAAAAUGAUGGUUGCAUGUUUCUAAUUUGUAUGUGUUUCCAUCUUUGAGAUAAGAUGCUUUAAUAAAUCUCUUAAAUAUUUA